AUGGUCGUUAAAGUCCUUUUACUUGGCCUGUUGGAGAAGUUCAUGGUCGUUAUAGUCCUUUUACUUGGCCUGUUGGAGAAGUUCAUGGUCGGUAUAAUCCUUUUACUUGGCCUGUUGGAGAAGUUCAUGGUCGUUCUAAUCCUGUUACUUGGCCUGUUGGAGAAGUUCAUGGUCGGUAUAAUCCUUGUACUUGGCCUGUUGGAGAAGUUCAUGGUCGUUAAAGUCCUUUUACUUGGCCUGUUGGAGAAGUUCAUGGUCGUUAUAGUCCUUUUACUUGGCCUGUUGGAGAAGUGUUAUGCCGUUAAAGUCCUUUUACUUGGCCUGUUGGAGAAGUUGAUGGUCGAUAUAAUCCUUUUACUUGGUCUGUGUUAG